UUUCGGCGACCGAUUUACUGCCGUGGCGCUUCCUUGACAGUUCUGGUGGAAAUUGGCCUUCAGAACACUUCUACAGCCAAUCUGUUUGCAUUUGCUCAUGAAUAAAUAAAAAAAUGCGGGUGCAGCCAUUUUUGUUUUUGAGUCUAACGCAGUCUCACUGAACUCGCUCUACUUUCAGAAUAGACCUCGGAAGAAUAGUGAUGGAUUUGUUUUCUUGAUUCAGUUCACAUCGGUCAAUUCGCCAAGAAGAAUCGUUCAGAAUCGUUUGUUCGUUCAUUCGCAUUUCCUGUAGCAGUGAAUCGAAUCAUUGAAUGCACGGUUCUCAGUCAGUCGGACUCCGCCCUCGUUCUCAUUCUCAAACGAUCGUGCAAGUCGGUCAUCAAUCAACACAACAUUACAACUUUAACCAAACGCAGCGGGAUGGGGGUGUAGUUGAUUAUUGGAUGUUUAACAUAUCAGCAAGAUAAUAGCCUUGAUUUAGCAAUGAUGGAGUUUAAAAGUUUGACGAGAUUUAAAAAAUCUCGUCAGAGCAGAGCAAGGCGUCAGCUCUAUCGGUAUCAAACUCCUGUCUCCCAGAAAAAUGUAAAAACUAAAAUACAGGGCACAAGAUCACUGGGACUACAACAGGGAAAAGUAAAAAAUAAAUAAAUAAAAGGUAGACAAACCAGGUCACCGUCAGAUGUGUAGUCCAGGGAUUGGCAAAGACAGAGAAACAGGAUCAGAAUUCCAAGCGGCUGAUCCAAUCAGCAGACAAAACCCCAAAUCAAGAAACAGGCAGGAAUCAAACAGGAUGGCAGAAUACUUGCAAAAGGGCUAGAGAAUCCAAUAUCAUCCCGCUGCAGACACAAAUGGGCGUUCUCGUGUGGUGGGGGUUCCCGUUUACGCAGACUGGAACGCCCCCUUCUUAUUCUUCGUCGCCUUUCUCGCUGAACUGUAUUAAAAUGUCAAAGUGUACUACUCCGAAGCCAUGUAAAUAGUGUUGUAAAUAAACUUACAAAGCUUUUCAAAUCUUACCGGGAUUGGGCCUUUUUACACGUCUGCCGGGGCCCGGAGGCAUUGUUACAAAAAGUAGGGUCAUAGAAACGCGGUCCUGAAACUGUUGCCGGAACCGUCCACUUUCUGAAAUGGCGUGUGACCGCCUCUGUGUUAAAAAGAAAGCGAAACAGAAAGUGACGUAACAAUUGACAAGCGCAGCCGCGAGGUAGAGAAGCCACCGUUUUAUAUCUUAAAAUAAUAGAUAGCCUACAUUUAGACUUUGAAGAAAAUUGGAUAAGAAUCGAUUUGGGGAUGUUUAGGCGAUCAAGGAAUAUACUACGUGGGGAUCUUAAACCUAUUCAAUAUACGACGUUGUAGCCGGAUUGCAUCGUGGAAUCUGAAUGUUGGAUGCUGGAGUUUGACAUCAGGUCACUUGGAAAGGGAAAGCGUCGUCCAUCCCGAAAGUGCACGGGGAAUUUCGACUUUCCAAUCUCUUGGUGCUUAAAUGUGUGGAUCCUGCGCUCAGCUCCGUUGUUACUGUGCAGAGCUGUGAUUGGCUUCGACUCUACGGGGACCUCAGCAAUGACUCGAUGUCACUGUUAGACCAGAUGGGCGGUGAGAUGACGGACCAGCAAUGUCCCGUCUCCUUUCCAGAAUCAUUCUACAGGCACAUCCAAAAAGAUAAGAUGGAGGCGAAGUUGGAAUUCAUCGGAGACAGUCUUACGCAAAUCAUCCAACUGUAUCACGGGAACCUCUCCUCUGUGUCCUGGGACCAUAACAAGACGGAGCGCUUCCUCAUCACCGUGGACAGACAGGCCAGGGAGAUCAAUCGUUGUGUAAUGGCUAACAAGCAGAAGGUCCAGAGGACAGCCCGGCAGGCAGACAGCCAGGAAGAAUCACAGACACAUAAGAAGCUGGCCCACUACUACAAAAAACUGUUCAGAGUCACAGUCCACAGGAUGGGUGAAAGUGCAGAAUCAUGGGAGCUGAUCAGGAAGGAGAGCAAAAUGCACCUGCAGAGGCUGGACCUGCUGCAAGCCCGCCUCCCAAGGCCCGCAAGGUCCGGCUAGACAGCAGUCCCAAGACCAACCAGCACCCGGCGAGACCCCCACCGCCCCCGGCCCCACCUCUAGGCCGGCCUCGUCCGGCCAAACCAACGCCCCUAGACCCCACCAUCUCCAGACCAGCCGCUUCUGGCUAGGGAGAGAUCCCCGAAGUCUUUUAUUAUUUAUCAAUCUUUUUUUAUCAUUAUUUUUAUGACUUAUUUAUUUCCAAACUUAUGUUUAAACAAAUUUUGUUUACAUUUUAUUUAUUGAUAUUUAUUAUCUUUAGGUUUAAUUAUUUUAUUUUAUUAUUAUUAUUAUUAUUUAUUAUUUUAUUAUAGUUUAUUUAUUUAUUGAAAGUAUUUUUUCACAUGUUUACAUAUUUAUUGAUCCACUAUUUUUAUAAGCCAACUGAUCACAGUUCAUGUAUUUUUCAGGUUUUCUUAUGUGUAUGUAUUUGUAGUUCAUUUUAUUGUACCACACUGUAGUAUGAUAAAAAAAAGAAAAAAGUAUUUAUAUAUUUUUGUAAGUCCUUGAUUACCUCAAAAAAAUAUUAUGAUUGCAUGACCAAAAACUGCAAAAAAGUUUCUUGAAUAAAGAAUAAACCUAAACUGC